AUGGAAUUCCCUACCUCGAUGGACGAGGACUCCGCCACCGAGCUCGUGACCAUCAGCCCACGAGAUUCCACGGCGGAGGAUAUCGCAUUGGAUGACAAAGUUGGCUACGUAGUGCCCAGCUUCGACAUUGCAAAUGACGGCAACUCGGACGACUUCUCCGGGGUGUUCUCAGGCGGCGCCAGCGACAUCGCCGAUGACCACCUCGAUGUCACCCCUAGCAACCGUGCCAACGAUGUCGCGCAUUCGGAUUUCUCCACAGUCCCGCUGGGCGUGAGUCCCGCCAAGUACGAGCUCCUGGACACCCCUGCUGCGAGGUGUGAGGGCAUGUCUCCCCUCCCCUCGCUCAUAUCGGAAAACGACAACGAUUCCCAAACAAUUGUGAAAAACUUGACCCCCUACAACCGGUUCCUGGAUCGUUUGAAACAUGCGUCCUGUGUCGACAUCAUUCGCGCCGUGAAGGGGGUGAUGGCGAUGCUGCCGGGCAAGAUGUCUCGAGCCGAUGCGGCAGCUGUGGUGCACAACUUCAUUGACAUCUAUACACCCCGCCUGCUGGCUACCGCACCUUUCGCCUCCCUCCCCGACGAAGAGAGGGCGAUGUCGGCCGAAUUCUUCGAGAAGUUCACCAUGCAGAAGCUCUAUCCACAGUGCUACAGCAUGGAUCCCAAAGACCGUAUAGAGGACGAACGGCUCUGGAUCAAGAUGAGGUGCCUGGACUGGGUUGAACCCAAGCAUCUCGAAGUGUCGUCAUCGGUGGACGUUGAUCUUCUGAAGGAUGCGCAGGAACAGCUCAACCACAUAUCGCGUUUUAAGGCGCCGCGCGACAAGAUGGUUGCGAUUUUGAACUGCUGCAGGCUGGUUGUGCAUGCCCUUGAAGGCUCUAGCAACAAACCAGCGUCCGCAGAUGAGACUCUACCGCUGCUGAUCUAUGUCACAGUACGCGCCAACCCCCAUGAGUUGUGGUCCUCGAUCGAGUUCAUCCAGCACUUUCGGCACCCGAGCCGCCACAUUGCCGAAGAGGCAUACGGCUUCACUCUGCUCGUGUCCGCCGUGGAGUACAUCAAGUCCAUCGGCUCCACAACGUGCUUCAAGAUGGACCCGGAGGAGUUUAACAGGCUGUUCACGGCUGCGCAGGAGCCCUACCUGUCGCGCUUACAGAAACUGCAGGAGGCGGAAAAUCAGGUGCAGCACAGCACCCCAGCCCCCUCUGGCGCCCUUGUUGGCGCGGAAGAUUCGGUUCUAGCGCGCCUCAAAAGGAUCGCGCAGCCGGCGUUAAUGUUCAAAACGGCGCUGUUCAAAAACCUGGCGAGCAGCGAGAUCCGGGAGACGUUGGACCUGCUGUCCGGGCUGGAGACUUACAUGGUGGACAUACCGCUCAUCUUCAAGCCGGACGACGACCCAGCGCCGGAUUCGGCGGCUAUCCUGAGCGACUGGCGCGCCCUGACCGCGAUGCGCACAAAUGCGCUUGAGACUGUCGGCAAGGCGAAGGCAAUUCUGUCCAAGCUGGCUCAGUGA